GCAUGCGUGGACUACAACGCUCAAUGUUAAGUCUCUUGUGGCUUUUGGCUACGACAAGCGGCGUCAGGAGCGCCAACAUUCUGGGACUCUUCACCAGUCACAGUCCUUCGCAUUUAAUACUGCACAUGUCCAUGAUGCAGACACUAGCAGAGGCAGGACACAACAUAACUGUGGUGACCACCAUACGACCCAAAGUCAAGUGCGAGAAUAUGCAGCUUAUAGUUAUACCAAUGAGCAAGGCACAGGAGCACAAUUUGGAGCAACAGAUGAGCACAAUGGCGGGACAAAAGAACUCCAUAUUUAUGCUAUUUAAACGUGUGCAGAACAUGUUGGACUCGCAGCUGGAUCUGCUGUCGGACGCAGCCUUUCAGCGCGUAUAUGAAACAAAGUUUGAUCUCAUGUUUCUGGGUUAUAUACUAAAUGAUUUGCAUUUGGGCUUGGCGGCCAAGCUGCGUGUGCCUUUGAUACUGGCUUGGGUGCAAGCGCCUGCUGUAAACAUUGAUACGCUAGUGGGCAAUCCCACAAAUCCUUCAUACAUACCCAGAGUGGGCACCGCAGUUAAGCCGGGCGAAAUCAUGGGCUUUGGCAAGCGGCUGCAGAACUUUAGUAACUCGCUCAUCUUUCAGCUUAUGAUGCUGCACUUCAAGCACCAAAUGCAGUAUUACUAUAAACAGCAGUUUGGUCACAUAGCUGACUUUCCCACGCUGCAGCAGAUGCGACGCAAUGUGUCGCUGGUGUUUACCAAUUCACAUUCAAUCAGUGAAGGUCCCAUCAGACCGCUGGUGCCUGGCAUAAUCGAAAUUGGUGGCAUACAGAUUAAGCAGCAUCCCAAUGCGCUACCAAAGGAUAUCAGCGACUUUUUGGAUGAAGCAGAACAUGGCGUCAUUCUACUCUCUUUGGGCUCCAACAUAAAAAGCUCAGCGGUUAAGCCGCACUUGGUGCAGUCCAUGUUCAAGGUAUUAUCUAAACUCAAGCAGCGUGUAAUCUGGAAGUGGGAGCAGCCUGAAAUGACGCCUGGUCUGGCUGCCAACAUACUCUACAAGCAGUGGCUGCCCCAAGACGAUAUACUUGCGCCACCAAAGAUCAAACUCUUUAUAACCCAUGCAGGCAAAGGCGGCAUUACCGAGGCUCAAUAUCAUGGCGUGCCUAUGUUGGCGUUGCCCAUUUUUGGUGAUCAGCCCACGAAUGCAGAGAACAUGCAGCUGGCUGGCUAUGGACUCACUCUUGAGCUGCUCUCACUGAAUGAGCAAAACUUUAAGCAGCAAUUAAAUGAGCUGCUUACGAACAAAAAGUACGCGCAGGCCAUACGCAGAUUCUCUCGGCUCUACAGGGAUAGACCACUCAGUGCCAGGCAGACAGUGCUCUACUGGACGGAGUACGUGCUACGCCAUCACGGCGCUGUCCACUUGCAGAGUACAGCGGUGCACAUGAGUUUCAUUGCCUAUCACAAUUUGGAUGUCUAUGCCUUUCUGAUCUCAGUGGCUACGCUGCUCUUGCUGCUAGCUAAGCUCGUUAUUAAAAUUAUUUGCUGCAGUUUGUGCAACAAGUCACAGAAGCGUAAAAAGUUAAAGUUGCACUAA